AUGCUUCCCUCUCUCCUCCUCCUCCUUCUCUCCGCCAUUGUACACGGCAGCGCCACCGACCCACCACAGCUGGAUUUGAGAUCAAAGCCUCUAAUUCUCGUGAAGAUCUGGUGUCUAGUAAUUGUGUUCAUCGUUUCGUUUCUUGCUGGGGUUUCACCGUACUUGAUGAAAUGGAACGAGGGUUUCAUUCUGCUGGGGACGCAGUUCGCCGGCGGGGUUUUCUUGGGUGCUGCUCUGAUGGAUUUUCUGAGCGAUUCCGGUGAAGUUUUUGGGAAAUUGAGUUCGAAAAACUAUCCUUUCGCCUUCAUGUUGGCCUGUUUUGGGUAUAUGCUGGCUAUGUUAGCUGAUUGUAUCAUGCUCUAUAUUUAUCGGAAGAGAGAGAGUACGGAAUACGGUGGUGGUUCUGCAGUUCAAGGGCGUUUGCAUCAGAGAAAAACUAGCAGUGGUGUUGGGACCUCCCGAUCACAGAUUCAAGUUGUUGAUAGUGGAAUACAUGACUAUAUGGACCCAUUGUUCUUCAGUGCUAUUUCCUUUGGAGACAGUGUUAUGUUGAUUAUAGUGCUCUGUUUCCAUUCCAUAUUUGAAGGCAUUGCAAUAGGAACCAUGGAAACGAAAAGAAGGGCAUGGAGAGCCCUUUGGAUUGUUAGCCUACACAAGGUGUUUGCUGCCAUUGCCUUGGGAAUAGCAAUUCUUCGAGUGAUCCCUGAUCGUCCCCUUUUGUCGUGUGUUGCAUAUGCUUUUGUCUUCGCCAUCUCUAGUCCUAUUGGUGUUGCCAUAGGGAUUGUGAUGGAUGCAACUACACAGGGCAUCGUGGCAGAUUGGAUCUAUGCCAUCUCUAUGGCCCUUUCAUGUGGGGUUUUUGUCUAUAUCUCCAGUCACCAUUUAAUCUUCAAGGGUUACAAACCACAGAGAAUGCUUUCAGUGGACACACCACAUCACAAGUUUUUGGCAGUGCUUUUGGGGAUUGGGGUUAUUGCUAUUGUGCUGAUUUGGAACACAUGA